AUUAUGUUAAAUUUAUCAUCGUGAAUAUCGUAAAAGUGAAUGUAUUUUAUUUAUUUAGUUUAUGUUAAUUGUUAUUUUAAAAUAAACUAUGUCGAAUGCUACACGAAUUAAAAGUGAAUUCGAAGAAAAUGAGAAUAUAUCUUCGGUACAGCAACAAGAUGUAAAACCAAGUCCAUCACCAUUAGCAUUAUUAGCAGCAACUUGUGGUAAAAUUGGUGGUACUGCUGAGCAACAGCAACAGCAACAACAGCAGCAGCAGCAGCAACAGUGGCAACAACAACCUCAACAAAUUCAGAUAACAACAAACGGUGGUGACCAAACAACUCAAUUACGUUUAAUCAAUGCCAGUGAUCCACAACAAUUAGCUGCCACAAUUAUGGCAGUACAACAACAACAACAGCAGCAGCAGCAACAACAAGCUGCAGUUGCUGUUGCACAAGCUCAACAACAGCAACAAGUUCAACAACAACAAAUCCAACAACAGCAACAACAACAGGGUGCAACUACACCAAAUAAUGUGCAACGUAAUAAUGCAACACCAAAUGAACAACAAUUUUGUGUUACGAGUCAGCCACAAGUUAUAACUUUGUCACAAUUGCAAAGUUUUUUACCCCAACAUCAGAUAAUGGCGAUUGCAUCUGGUUCAUCAGAUGUAAAUAAUGCGGCAGCUCAACAAUCGAUUGUUAGUUGUGCGGGUGGUAAUUUAAAAACAUUUGUCACAACUACAGCUGGUGGUCAACCACAAGUUGUUUCAUUACAACCUCAUCAAUUUUUACAACAAGCAAAUCAAAUUAAAUGGGAAGGAAAUCAAACUGGUUUAACAUACAAUGUAAUUCCGCAACCUGCAAUGCAAACCGUAACGGUGGAUGGACAAGAAGCAUUAUUUAUACCGGCACAAGCUCAACAUCAACUUUUUCAAACACCUACUGGACAAUUAAUACGAGCCCCAGCUGGAGCUGUAUUGGCACCUAAUCUAAUGGGCCAAACUGUUCAACUACCCAACGGUAAUUCAGCAAUGAAUUCUGAUGGACAAACAGUACGAGCAAUGUUACAACAACAAGCUUGCAUUCCUGUACAAGUUCCAAUUUCGUCACAGCAACAAAAUGGAGCUGGACAAACCUUAUAUCAAACUGUCCAUUUUCCCCUACAAGCAUUCAUGACACCGAAUAUAAUACAAGCUCAACAAGCGAAUCAAGCUCACCCUGUACAAAUCAUCCAACAAUUAACUGGACAACAAAUGCAAUCACAACCAACUGUAGCCAAUAUAAUAACACCAUCAGGGCAAAUACAACAAGUGCAAUUGACAUCACUGGCUCAGCAGUUGAGCAAUCAAGUACAAUUACAGCAAUUACAACAACAGCAGCAACAACAACAGCAACAACAACAACAGCAACAAAAUAUGUUGGCGCAGCAACAAGUACAAGCGGCUGUUCAAGCUCAGCAACAAGCUGCUGCUCAAGCAGCGGCUGCAGCUGCAAAUGGUCAAUCAUCGAAUGCGGCUACGUCUAGUACGUGGAGUUGUACAUCAGCAGUGUCAACACCAAGUGUUACUGUACAAACGGUUUCGGCUCCAAACAUUGUUUGUAGUACAAUGCCUUCAAAUGAUGGAAACGGAGGAUCGACUCAAGCACAACCAGUAAGCUUAUUACAAAAUGUUAAUGCAGCCGCCGCAAGUCAAGGUCAAACACUUACAUUACCUGGUGGACAACAAAUUACAGUUAUACCAGCAACCGCAUUAAAUCUAAACAAUCAACCGUCUGGUGUAACCAUUCGUCAGGGUAACAAUAUUUUACAAGUGCCAAAUUUAAAUGCAUUAUCAUCAUUUCCCAUACAAAGUAUACCCGGUGUGGGUAAUGUCCAAGUAAUACCAGCUAGUUCAUUACAAGGACUUACUCAAGUUGGACAAGGUACUCAACAUCAAUCACCAUCAACAGCCACUUUACAAGUCCUUCCAUCGGGUGCAACACAAAUCAUUGGUCAACAAGUGCAACAAGAUCCAACGGAUCCAAGUAAAUGGCAAAUAUUACAAAGUAUAAAUGGUAACACACUGUCACAAAUUGCAUCUGGUGUUGUUGUACAACAAGCUGUACCAAUUACACAAAUCUCAUCGGAUGCUCAACAAACACAACAAACGGUGACAUCCGGUAUUGUUAGUACUGUAGGAGUUGAAGGUGCUACGCCAGUUAAGCCACGUGUACGUCGUGUAGCUUGUACAUGUCCCAAUUGUAGGGAAGGAGAAAGGCAUACAGAUCGUAAAAAACAACAUGUGUGUCAUAUUUCUGGCUGUAAUAAAGUCUAUGGUAAAACAUCACAUUUACGAGCACAUUUACGAUGGCAUACUGGUGAACGUCCAUUUGCAUGCUCAUGGCUAUUUUGUGGUAAACGAUUUACACGUAGUGAUGAGCUGCAACGACAUCGAAGGACACAUACUGGUGAAAAACGUUUUCAAUGUUCAGAAUGUUUCAAGAAGUUUAUGCGCAGUGAUCAUCUAUCAAAACAUAUCAAGACACAUACAAAACAACGUAUUACGUUGGAUUCUGAAGGGAACGAUAUCAAACCAACAGCUGAUGGAAAUUUCAAAAAAGAGAUUCAAAAUGCAAAUUGGGUGAAUUUGGGUCAAUCUAACGGCGAUAAUAUUUAUACCAUCAAACAAAUUAAUAUGUCUCAGGAGGCUGCUACUUCAACACAAUCAGCUUCAUCGGAUAGUUCGAGUGGUGAUGAAAAAAUGAUGAUUACAAUUACAACUGAAGCGGAUCAAUCUGACCUAACCAUCAAUGAUCCAUUGGAUGCGUCUGAUUGAGACAACGAUUAAAACAAAUUUUCUAAUGGGUUAUGAAUACCCCUGGUAUGAAAACAUAGCAACAAAGUCUGAGAUAUCGUUCAAUGUUACACCCUUCUAACUGUCCGUCCUUGAAUUAUUUUUUGUUCAAAACGAUAGUGUUGAGUCUCUAUUUUGCAAUUUCAUUAUAUCUCAAACAUUUGAAUUUUUCCCAUUUGUUAAAAUAUCUCUUUUUGUGUUAAUAAAAUUAGAAAAUGUUUGGCCCCACGUGAAUUUUUCAUAAAUGUGAAUGACUAUUGUAAUUUCAUAGUAAUAAAGUCCAGAAUUGUUUCUUUGGGCGAUAAUUUUAAAAAGAGCGAAGCAUUAUGCGGAUAAAUUUGUCGAAAAAAGCAACUCUUCACUGAAUAAUAUGUAAAAUAUGAGAAACAAGAUGUGUUAAUGUUUCGUUAUCCUGACCAGGUGUGGCCAAUCUUUGUGUAUGAAAGUGCCAUUUUUUUUCUAAAGAAAUGUUUAAUGAGGCCAUAGACGUGACUUCGUGAUUAUUGACGUGAGAUACGCAAUUAAUUCUUCUUUAAUGAAGUUUCUUACCCAAUAUCGAUCAAAAACAGCUAAACGUGCAGAUUUAGUGGCAUCGGUGCUUUUGUCAAAACAUAGAGGUGUAAAAGGAGUGGAUUUAAUGUAAAUUUUUUGUCGGUCUGUCACAUUUCCGGGCAGUAUUUAUAUUUUUUACUUUGUUAUAACGGUGUAAACAAUGAAAAAAAAUACAUGAAUAUUCCCUAUUACGUCAUUCACAUUUAAAAAUUAUACAAAAAUUUCAAUAACAUUGAGAACUAGGUAUAUGCAAUUUCAAAAAUCUAAAUUUUGUUAAUUUGUGCUUAAAUUGCCCCCUGAGAUAUAGCUGUAAAAUGGACACCUUUGUACAUACAGAUAAACGGUGUCUAUUAAAUCUGUGAAAUCGCGUUGUUUCACUAUUUACGAAUUACACUUGUGAUAUUUAAAAGUCUAAAUUAUAAAAUAUAUGUAUAAACUAAAUUAUAUAGCGCAUUUUUUUUUUUUUAAAUUACAGUUGUCUGUAAUUUUGCAAAAUAAAUAAUUUAAGCCAUAAGAUUAAUAUAAUUAAUUUAUAGACGCCAUAAUAUAUAUUUAUAAAUUUAAACCACAAAGGAUAUAUAAGUGAGUUAUUUUAAUCUGUAAUGGCUAAUAGCUCGUUUUUUAGUUAACCAUGGAUCAUAAAAUAAACAAAUAUUGUAAAAUUUGAUAGGGGACAUCAUGUUGUGACAUCAUAUUGGAUCUAAUUCUUCGGGUUGCUCUAGUAGCUAAUUUAGAUUCUAAAUGGCAAGGGAUAGAAUAACACGUGAUCCUUAAAAAUUAACAUUUUUUCGAAAAACGUUAGCUUUCGGAGGAAAUGUGACUUAAAAAUAUGUCAUUAUUGCAUUUAAUCGAAAGAAGAUACGCUUAAUCUUUAUCGAUAAUUGUCAAAGACAUGGAUACAGCCGAAUGUCCUCUAUUGUCUUUGACAAAUUUUGGCUAAAGCAUUUUGUCGUAGUUAGCGUGUGUUUUUUUUUCGAUUAAAUGCAAUAAUGACAUAUUUUUUAAGUCGAAUGUCCUCCCAAAGCUGUCGAUUUUCGAAAAAAUGUUUUAUAUGAAAAAGAUUUGAUGUCCCCCCAAAAAACUCUUUUGUUAUUAAAGUUAUUUUUUGAUGGAUUAACUACAAAACAAGCUACUGGCCAUUAGAUUAAAAUCCCCACCUUGUAUAUACAUAUAUAAAGAGGACGAUUAUAAUGUUAAGAAAAUUUCCUUAAAUUUGGGUCAUUUUUUUAUUACUAGAGAACACACCGAAAUCGCGCCCGUACGAUACUUCUGUUUAUGGAGACCGAACUUAAGCGGGAGAAUUGACUACAUUUUUGUUCUAUUAUUAUUUAUUAUAACACUAACAUCGGUAGUUUUUAGUUAGCACCGAAGUGCAUUGCACGAAAUAAAUACGAAUGUACGAACGAAAUAGUGAGAUUGGAGCGCCAACUGCUUAUAGCGUAUCUACGUGUGGCGUAUUAUUAAUUCACGUAACUAUCUUCGGGGCUUUAUUUUGAUAAAACAACCAACUGUUAUUUAGUCAGUUAAUCUGAUCGUCUCCUUUAUAUAUCUAUACUCUGUGAUUUAAACGAAUAAAAAUAGGUGUGUUUGGGCGAACAAAAUAUUAAGAAAAUUUAGGUGAGUGUCUAAUUUAACUUAUUUUUCCUUAUUUAUGUCAUUUAUUCCUUCCUUUUUUUUGCUAAAUUACUAACUUUGCUUGCCAAGAGCUUUGUUCGCCCGAACGCACACAAUAUAGUGUCAACUUUAGUUUAGCUGUUAUGUGAUCUAUAGACCAGUAUCUGAAACACAAUUAAAAAUAAAUUUUCCCUGGUGGAAAAAUAUUUGAAGAAAGAAUGAGUCUUAGAAACUCUGGAAAAGUCUUAAAACUCUUAACGUUUUUGGACUGUCUAAUACAACCUUGAUAAGUCUGAAUAACUUUGAUUAGACAGUCGAAAACCGUUGAGUUAUUCAGAGUUCCUAAGACUUUUUAAGACUUAUUCUUUCAUCAAAUAUUUUUUCUACCAGAGUGUAACAGGGAUGUUGCGAAAUUGAUGAUCACUUAGCAGCUAGAAUAGAUUUUUUAUAAAUAAAAUAAUUCGAAUCGUAAAUGAAUUUAAUGAAAUUGAUUCGCCUCUUUAACAAUUUCGAUUAGGUGUAAAAUUUUAUAUAAUAAUUAAUUACAAAGUAACAAGUAAAGACGGAAAUUAGUGUCUAUUUCUAAUUUUAUUCGUUGUGUACAGAAUGAAAUUUAGCGCCGUGCGCGAAAAUAAGCUCUGUAUAUUUUCAAAAUAAUACAAAUAUAUAAGUGUUAAUCAAGAUAUAGAAUUUAGAAUUGGAAUUUGUUAAAUUUUUACACCUAAUUGAUAAUGUGAGAAAGGCUAAUUAAGUUAUUAGAAUAGAAUAAUUUCGUGUACAAAAUACAAGAGAAAAAUUAUAUUUGUUAUUAAUUAUUAUUAUUAUUAUUGUUGUAGACAUUUUAGAAAACGAACGU